UUGAAGCCUCAAAAAUGUGCUUUUACUUCGCAGGUCGUCUACGUGUUCGAUUUCGGAUUGGCUCGUCAAAUACUAAUCCCAGAUGAAAGUGGCCGAUUAAAAUUACGUGAGCCUAGAAACAAGGUUAUGUUUCGUGGGACUGUCCGUUAUUGUUCGCUGAAUGUGCAUCAAUAUAAAGAACAAGGUCGGCAUGACGACUUGUACGGUGCGCUCUUUUCGAUGAUCGAAUGUUUAACAGCCAGUCUACCAUGGAAAGGAAUGAUACGAAAGGAGGCAGGAAAAAUUAAAGAAAACACAACUGACAGUGCAUUAUGCAAGGGAUGCCCGCCAUCGUUCUUAGAUAUGGCGAAGGUUCUGCGGAAACUGACGUAUCAUGAUAUUCCUCCUUAUAAAAACUUCAUGGAAAAGUUGAAACAAGACUUACCAAGCAAGUUAAAAAUGACGGACCCCUAUGAGUGGAAUAAGCCUGGCGAAAAGCUCGCCGAAGGUGAAGGUGAUGCCAUUAAGAGCGACCGUGCAGAAGCUGAUAAGGGUGGCAAUAAGGAUGACAACACAGUGAAUGAAAUAGACGAGAGUGUUGUUACUGAAGAAAGGAACACAAAUAUCAGCUGUGAUCAAGAUGAUUUUGCCAAAGGAAGACACUCUUGA